AUGUCUUCCUCGGCCAACCAAUUUAUUGUGGCAUCUCCGCCGACGGACGCCAUCUCGGCCCUCAAGUUCUCCCCCGACCCCAACUCCACGCGAAUUGUGGUAUCGUCAUGGGAUAAGAACGUCUACCUCUACGACUUGCGCGACGAAAAUGGCACUGUUGGAGAGGGCAAGCUUUUGCAGAAGUUCGAGCACCGUGCGCCGGUACUGGACGUCUGCUUCGGCGAAGACGAGAAUGUGAUCUACACAGCUGGCUUGGAUUGGAACGUGAAGAAAAUCGAUCUCAAUACUUCUGAACAGACCGUGCUUAGCACUCACGAAGCUGGAGUCCGCUCCGUCGUGUACAGUCGUGAACAUAACAUCGUCAUCUCCGCCUCGUGGGAUUCAACCCUCCAUAUCCACAGUCCCGAUGCUGGCACAAAUCCCGAUUCCAUUGCGACUAUUGUUCCCCUCCCCUCGAAGCCCUUCUCCAUCUCAUUGACCGAUUCGCGCUUGGUGGUUGCCAUGGCGUCGCGCGCAUUGCACAUCUAUGAUCUCAAGGCCUUGGCCGUGCUUUCCGCGCAAGCAGAUAGCUCAGUACCCAACGGAAACCGAGUAGAGAUUGAGCCAUGGCAGCGCCGCGAGAGCAGUUUGCGGUUCAUGACUCGCUGUGUUGCCUGCAUGCCCGACGGUGCCGGAUAUGUCUCAUCAAGCAUCGAGGGCCGUAUUGCAGUCGAGUGGUUCGACCCUUCACCUGAAUCUCAGGCUCGCAAGUAUGCUUUCAAGUGUCACCGCCAACCCGCCGAUGAUGGCGUCGACGUGAUCUACCCUGUCAACGCUCUCGCUUUCCACCCUAUUUACGGCACCUUUGCAUCCGGUGGCGGCGACGGUGUUGUUUCCUUCUGGGAUGGAAUCACUAAGCGUCGUAUUCGUCAUUACCCCAAGCACGAUACCAGUGUGGCGGCUGUUGCCUUCAGUGGCAAUGGCAAGCACUUGGCCGUCGCUGUCAGCCCUGGAUUCGAGGAUGGCAAGGACGACGUCGCCGAAGGUACAGUGCAGAUUUAUGUUCGGGAGCUGGGCGAGACGGAAGCCAAGGGCAAGGGCGCGAAAUAG